UUACCCCGCCCCCCCUCGUGGGCCCCGCCGGAAAUCCCUGUAUUAGACCGUCGCCCAAUCACAACGCUCGGUUCCGGAUGACCCUCAGGAGAAUAACCAAUGGGGUUCCAGAUAAGGCAUGGACGUGGGCCCCAAAAGUGUAAAACCUUUCUCCGACUUUCCUCUCCAAAAAGUGCACGAUCUCCUGCCAACAAAAGCGCAAGCCCUGCGGGUCCCGGAAAAAUCUCUUAUAGUCGCUCCUCUCCCCAAAACACCGCCACCAUUUCGACCCCAAUCAUUCACCACAGGCUCCUCUUUUUGGCCGUCUGAUUAUAUCCUUCCACCGUUAAUAUCUGGAGAAUCACCUGCGACUACGAGGGCGUUGAUGAUUGCAUGAGCCCGUCCGUGAUGAUCUCCCACAAGAAUGCCGCGAAUGCCUUCAGCGGCAAGACCGCUCGGGCCUGCGACAACUGCAUCCAGAAGCGGGCUCGCUGGUACUGCGCGGCCGACGACGCCUUCCUCUGCCAGUCCUGCGACCGCUCCGUCCACUCGGCCAACCCUCUGGCCCGCCGCCAUGAGAGGGUCCGUCUGAAGACGGCGGCCACCUCGCAGAAGCAUCUCGGCGAAUUCGCUUCGCGCAGGAAGUCGUCGUCGUGGCACCGCGGUUUCACCAAGAAGCCGCGGACGCCCCGUGGCACGAAGUCCGCUCUCCAACGGGCGUCCAAGCCAGAGAACAUGGCCCGAGUUCCCGAAGUCGGUGGAGAUGAGACGUCAAACGAGGAGAGCGAGGAGCAUCUUCUUUACAGGGUUCCAGCUUACGAUCCUUUCGUAGCGGAAAUGUGCACCUCGAAAGGAGCCGAGGCCGCUGCGUUUUGCGCUGACCCAGAAACUGCCAUGGCCUUCGACGGAUCAGGCAAAGGCGACAACCGAAGCAAAGAGUUGACCAUCGAAGUGGAGAAUUUGCAAGGUUUUCUCCCGUCGGAUGCGGACCUCGCGGAAUUUGCUGCCGAUGUCGAAAGCCUUCUUGGCCGAGGGCUCGAUGCCGAGUCUUUCGGGAUCGAAGGACUGGGCUUUGUAGAUUGUAAACAGCGAGGUAGUAACUCGAUGGACUAUUCCUUAGGUAGCGGCGGAGUGAUCAAACUUGAAGAGAAAGAGGGUGUCGCGGAGGUCGACGUGGAAGUGGGCCACGGUGACGUGGAGAUCGAUUUGAGCAAGGAGACAUUUGAGCUGAAUUUUGACUACGAUUCUCCGACGACGUGCGGCGAUGAAGAAGAGGAAGCGAAGGUGAUCACUGAAUUGGAAGAGGAAAAGAACGUGGAGAACUGCCGUGGAGACGAAGGGACGAACAUUAACAGUGAAGAGAGGAAGAAGAAGAAGAAGAAGAAAAGGGAGGUUUUCUUGAGGCUCGAUUACGAGGCGGUGAUGUCGGCAUGGGCUGGCCAGGGCUCACCUUGGACCACCGGAGACCGGCCCGACCUCAGUCCCGACAACCGCUGGCCCGACUUCACGGGCAUGUCUGGGUUGGAAUUGCAAAACCUCUACGGCGAAGCCGGAGCGUAUGGGGGGCACAUGGGCAUGGGGGACGCUCUGCGGGAGGCAAAGGUGUCGAGGUACAGGGAGAAACGGAGGACGAGAUUGUUCUCCAAGAAGAUCCGGUACGAGGUCCGCAAGCUGAACGCCGAGAAGAGGCCUCGAAUGAAAGGGAGGUUCGUGAAGAGGGCUUCAUCUGCGUCGUCAUCAGCACCUGGCUUUCCUCUGCUCAAUAAAUGAAACUCUCUCCAUGGAUCAGCAAUGAAGCUACCUGGUCAUGGAAUAGCUAAUGAACUUAACAGCAAAGUGACGACACCCUGUCAAAACCUAGCUCCUGGGUCGGGCCAAGUUGGCUUAUGUAUAUACACGUCCGCUUGGUGGAGAACCGGGGUAGCUAGAGUUUUGUGUCGAUCCAAUAAAAAUCUAAGCUCUCUCUUUUUGGUCUGACCUCAGUUUUGUCUCUGGAAAGACGUGUAGCCUGUGUUCUUUUUGGUCUUUUUGUACAUGCAGAUGAAAGAAGGGCUAAAGUUCAAAAUGCUUCCAUUGUUUUAGGGUUGGAAGCAUCGAAUUAAUGGAUGAUUAUGGAGUGAAAGAUGGCAAAAGAAAUGCAGCAAGUUCAAUCCUUUUUUUCGAUUA